AUGCUGUACGCUGCUCUGCGGCUAGAUCGAGCCUGGCGACUAGUCAGCUACCUAUAUUACGCCAAGUACAGUGUUCCCGGUGAUGGCACGUAUUUCUGCUAUGUCGACUUGAAUAUACCAGAUUUGCUAGCGAAUACGCGUGGUGCUUGGACGAGGAGGAUGAGGAGAAUUGCACCUUUAUAUUACCUGGGAUGCAACACAAACUUGGUGAGUGGUGGGGGAGAGUCAAGGGGCGGGGGCAGGAGACGUCUGGAUAUGUACACCGCAUCACCGAUCAGAUAUAUAUUCACAAAGGAAGAUUCGGAGGUGCUAGGAGUACGGUGGAAGAAAACCCCUUGCCAGCCAGGCGAGCUGAGAAUCACCCUGCCGUCUAUCCCUCAUGGCGCCACUGGGCCUACGACAAAGUUGCGCCGCGCCAUGCUUCCUUGGUUUGUGGGGGUGCAGGACGAUGAGAGCUCGCUGGAGGUGGUGGAGGGCGGCACAUGGGAGGAAUUGGCUACGGCGCAUCGAGACUUUGUCGCCCCCAAGGCUACACCUAUGGCGCAUUCUUGGGCGAAUCUGGUGCAAAACUCUUUUCAGUAG